GCAUCUCUAACAAAGCCAGGUGCGCACGAGCACGCCGCACCACGCGCCGAAUAGAAAAGGAAUUCGGCAAGCAUAGAAAGGACACCCUGGCCAGCGUAACGAUAAAACCCAUGUAAAAACACUGUAAGAAGAGGUAGCAGCGAGAGCGGAAGCAGAGCCCCCGACGCACUCCCAUGGCUUCUCAGCAUCUGCUCCUACCACUUGGCGCCGGCACUAACCUGCGCCCAGGUGCGCUUCGUAAGGGCAGCUCCCUUUUCCCAACGCCCUCCCUCAUCUCCGUCCCUUGUCUUCCUCAAAUAGAAAGACAGAGAAAACGCUCCAACUCUCUUCCAGCUAUAAGAGCAAAGGGUAAAAACCAAGAAACUGCAUUUCUGCAAUCGGACGGUGAAAAAAACCCUAAAAAUCCCAAGGAGGAAGAACGAGAGGAGGAUAUUGAAGUGGAGGAGGAUCUCCCGUGGAUUCAGGAGAAGGCGAUGGAUCUUGUUGAGUUCACGGGAACCGUCACUCAGGCGAUCCCCGGGCCCAGAGUCGGGCAGAGCUCUCUGCCAUGGAUUCUUGCGGUCCCUCUGGCUUAUGUUGGGUUAUCGUUCGUAAUGGCUUUUGUUAAGACGGUGAGGAAAUUCAAUUCGCCCAAGGCGAAGCGGAAGAAAUUGGUGAAUAAAAAUGCUAUGCUUUGCAAGUCGAUAGAUGAGUUAUUUCAGACAGGAAGAGAUGCGGUGCAGCAUUCUUCUCUUAAAGGCCUUAUGCAAAAGACAGGCUUUGGUAUGGAGGAAAUUUUGCGGAAGUACAUACGGUAUGCACUGAAUGAGAAGCCCUUCAAUCCCGAGUUGGUUGUGGACCUUAUCAAUCUUAGAAAAGCUUCGUUGUUGGAUGAUCCUCAGGUAGCUGAAGUUCUAAAUGAGACUUCGAGGAGAAUUGUACGGGAGAAAGGUCCAGUUGUCAUGGAUAUUUCGGGAUUCACAGAAAAGGGUUUCAAGCGAAAACUUGCUGUGCAGGCCCUUUUUGGGAAGAUCCUCUAUCUGUCCGAUUUACCAGACUUUUGCUCAAGAGACAGUUCCUUGAUCAUCAAAGAAAUUUUCGGUGUUACAGAUGAGGAUGCCAACACUCUCCGGAUUCACACACUCCCUGAGGCGGGCGAUGUAGAUUCACUUGAGAAGAUGGUUGACAGUUCAGAUUCUGAAGAACCCAACGACAGUACGGAUACUGAAAAAGCAAAUUGAGGUUGAGACUGAGAAAAUCAAGUGGUUGAUGGGUCAUCGUCUGCUUCCUGAGAUACUUCCCUGGCAAGGCAUGGGGUUUGUCCAGCAUUGUAAUACUCAUCCAAACAGGUAGGAGGAUGGUCUUGGAGAAUGGUACGUGCAAUAAACGAACCUGGAUGCUGUAUUUUGGAGUAAGAUAACCGAGGGGACGAGAAAAAAAAAAGUUUUGGUACC